AUGACGACAGAUACAAAAAAAUUUUGGGUAUAUAUAAAAAAUACGCCAAGAGUAACAUCAGUUAAGGUAUCAUUAAAUGAAACGGCAGAAACAAUAAUUGAACAAGCAAAACCAAAGUAUGGACCAGAAAUUUCACAAUAUUCUUUAAUUGAAUUAACGCUGGUGGAUAGUACAGGAAAGAUUAUUGAUCCAACUAUAGACAUUAAAGAUAUUACAAAUGAAAAUUCUAGAGAUAACCCUUUUGAAAUCAGAAUUAUUAAUAAUGAAGGUAAUUUCUUGGAACAUAAAGGGGAUGGAAUUUAUUAUCCUACAGCAGCAACUUUUAGAAGUCAAUAUGAUGUAGACGAAUUCCUUGGAACAAACCAUUUACAAUCCGUUGAUCCUGAAGGGAGACCUACGGGUACCCAAAGAACUCGUAAAUAUAAAGAUCUUAAACCGGAAUCCUAUUAUGUCGUUCAUAAAUCCGAUGAUUUAUUUUUGAAAGUAGUCAAAGAGGCAAAUUAUGCAGUAGCACCUAGCAGAAUGCAUCGAAUUUUUCUAAAGCAUUAUUUUGAAAAAAAUCUCGUCAUAACGAAGCCCACUCUUAACAAAGAUCAAAGCGGAGACCUUGGUAUAUCGGGAGUUGACGUGUUACGAUCGAAUGUCACGCUGGAAAUAUACUUUUUGUCAUGGCAUACCGGAUCAAAACUCGACAAGGAAGAUUUUUAUUAUUUUAUUAAUGAUACGAUUGUAAAAUUUUUACCACAUAAUCUUGUUGUAGCAAAUAAGAGAUCAUUAAGCCAUUUUAAAACCAUUUUUCAAUCAAAUAAUUCACAAUGCGUUAUCAAAUGGUUCUCUCGAAUAAAUCAAAUGACUUUGGCAGUGAAAGAGAGGUUAUCUAACGAUGAAUGA